AUGCAGACCUUCGAGCGCUCCGACGUGUCGUGUCAAGGUCAGACUGAAAGCAAUGCCGACACCGCCGUGUUCAUGAUGGAGCCGGGUGCCACUCUCAAGAACGCUAUCAUCGGCAAGAACCAAAUGGAAGGUGUCCACUGUGAUAAGCACGACUGCACCAUUGACAAUGUCUGGUGGGAUGAUGUGUGCGAGGACGCCCUCAGCAUCAAGGGCGGAACCGCCUCCAGUGUGUCCACUGUGACCAACUGCGGUGCCCGGUACGCCGACGACAAGGUGAUCCAGCACAACGGAUACGGUACUGUCAAGAUUGACGGCUUCUACGGUGAGGACAUCAGCAAGCUCUACCGUUCGUGUGGCACUUGUGGUGACAGACCGAAGAAGGUGUCGGUGUCCAAUUCGUACAUUGUGAACCCGGGCAACGCCAUUGUGACGGUUAACAAGAACUGGGCAAGGCGUCUGUGA